ACUUCUAAAUGGCCGACAUGUGAAGAAAAAGAAUCUUUCGUACAUUGUUGUAAAUUUUUUUUUUCGAUAUAAAUAUAGCCAAUUGAUCAAGUGUUGUAUUUAAAACAAAAUAAUAAGAUAUCCUUCACAAUGAUAGCAGAUGGCUAUGCCGUUGGGGAUGGGUCAUGGGAGCUUAAAGUCAAAAUUACAGACAUGGAUAAAGACAUCCCAAUGAGAGUGAAAGGAGACCUCCACAUUGGAGGACUGAUGCUUAAGCUUGUUGAAGUAUUAGAAGUAGCAUUAGAUUAUUCAGAUCAUGCUCUCUGGUGGCCAAAAAAAAAGAAAUGGUUAACUGCAACGAGGUCAACCCUUGAUCAGAGUGGAGUGCAAGCAGAUUCAGAGUUGCAUUUUACUCCUAUGCACAAACACCUCAGAGUCCAGCUUCCAGAUCUCAGAUACAUUGAAUGUAGGGUGGACUUCUCAGUAAAAACAUUUUCAGCUGUGGUUAAAUUGUGUAAAGAGUUAGAAAUCACUCACCCCGAAGAAUUAUCCUUUUGCUGGCCUGUAAAAUCUGUUCAAAUGAGGAAAACUAAACCAUCAGCCAAAGUCAGCCUUUUCAAAAAAGAAAAAGAUGAAAAAAGUGAAUCAUUAGGGAACUUGAGUGAACGACAGGGGACACCAGAAAGACUUAGUCCUAGUGUAUCACUUUUAAGUACUCCUGCUAGCAGUCCAAUGUGGAGCAACUCUCCCCGUGGUCCUUUGGGAAGUCCGUCCUUUAAUGGCUCAGUCAGUUUUCAAAGUGACAUAAGCUCAUCAAGUCAAGACUUCGUGCUGUAUCAGAGCCCUAGUACACCUUCUGAAGAAGCCAAAAGUUCAUUAUUUCGACCUAAGGCUCUGAUUGACAAAGUCAGGUUGAAUGCAGGUUGGCUAGAUUCUUCUCUCUCAUUAUAUGAGCAAGGUGUUAUGGAAGGCGAUACUCUCUUCUUGAAGUACAAGUACUACUGUUUUUAUGACCUUAACCCAAAGUACGAUGCAGUGAGAAUAAACCAAAUAUACGAACAAGCAAGAUGGUCAAUCCUAACAGAAGAAAUUGACUGUACUGAAGAAGAAAUGAUGAUGUUUGCAGCCUUACAGUUCCAAGUCAGUGUACAAGCCAAACUUCCACAGCCUGAAUAUGAGAAAGAGGAAGAUGAUAUUGAUGCUGCCUUAACAGAUCUCCAAAUUUCUCUAGAAGGAUCUGCAGUGAAUACUAAAGGCAAAGACAUAACACAUGUACCAGAACUUACAGAUGAACUGCAGAUCAUCAUCAAACCUAAGAGAUUGACACUGAAAAGGCCUAAGAAAUACAGUUUUUCCUUCAAAGACACAAAAAUUUCUAUUUACAAGAGUGAUAAAGGUGCACCAGUAAUGGAAAUUAAUCUGAAAGGCUGUGAAGUAACCCCAGAUGUGAACAUCUCUCAAGGAAGAUACGGCAUCAAGUUAGAAGCUCCUAGUCAAGAAGGCAUGGUAGAUUAUUGGAUCAGAUGUAAAGAUAGGGAGCAGUAUGCCAAGUGGAUGGCUGCUUGUCGCCUGGCUACAAAAGGAAAAACAAUGGCAGAUAGUUCUUAUGAUAUGGAAGUCCGAUCCAUUCUUGACUUCCUGAAAUUGCAGCAACCUGCUGAAGCUCCUAUUGUCAGCCCUUCACAAGUGGAUAUUAAUUUAGAAGAUUUUAUUGCACCAAGGUUUCUGAAAAGAUCUAAAGAAAAACAGAUUAUCACCCAGAUCUUACAAGCCCAUGUUAAUGUCAGUAAAUUGAACCUUGUAGAAGCCAAGUUGAAUUUCAUUAAAGCUUGGCAAGCUUUACCUGAAUAUGGAAUUUCUCUUUUUACGAUAAAGUUUACAGGUUGCAAACGUGAGGAAUUGUUGGGAAUAGCAUACAACAGACUAAUGCGAAUGGAGUUUCACUCAGGAGAUCUUAUCAAAACUUGGCGGUUUAACACCAUGAAAGCUUGGAAUGUUAACUGGAAUACUCGAGAAAUGAUGGUCCAGUUUGAAGAAGAGGAAAUUGUAUUUAGUUGUUUGAGUGCACACUGCAAGGUGGUACACGAGUUUAUUGGUGGUUAUAUAUUCUUGUCCAUGAGAUCAAAAGACCAGAAUCAAAUGCUUAAUGAAGACCUUUUCCAUAAGCUCACUGGAGGCUGGCUGUAAGUCAUAUGGAAGGUUUUGUCCAGUCUGGAAAGUUUCAGAAUACAAAAACAAAAGCUUCAGGUGAUGCUACAUUAGGAAUUUAUGAGCAUUUCAAGUGAAACAUAAACCUUCAGAUUUAUAUUUCUCAUUGUUACUGAAUGUUGAAUACUUAAUGUUUGAAGAUGGGAGUGUUUUGAAGCACUUGUAAAAGUCUAUACUAAAAUAUCCAAAGAUCUUUCUCAACCUCAUCAUAGUGUUACUGGUUUUUUUAAGUUUGUUCCUAAAUUUAUUGGAUAAAGUAUAAAAAAAACUUCCAAGGAGUAAAUGUAUAGAGAUGGAGUUUUUUUUUCUUUGUUACAUCGAAGUUUGACAAGAGUGCAAUGUGAAAUUUCAUUUAAAAUUAGUGUGCUUUAGCUUUACUGUUGGAGAAAAUUUGUAUUAGCUUAUUUCCAAUACUGACAUUUUUUUAUAGCAUCAAACCAAUUUUAUUCUUGAACUGUUUAUUUGGUUUGUGAAAUAUUUCUAUGUACAUUUUUUUAGAAAUUUGUCUUAAUAUGGUUUUUUAGGUAAGCAGAUUUGAAAGAAUUUAUGAAUUUACAUCUUUUCCAAAUGGUUAUUCUUAUUUCAUUACAUGAAAAUAGUUUUUUCCACAUUUAAGUAAUUAUUAAAUGUUGACCAGGCUAUUUUUAGCUAGUGUUUUUAGUAAUAAUUUCCUUCUACUAUUAUUUUCAUACUGUAAAUGAAUAAAACUUCUGCUCUCAUCUUUAACAAUGUAAAUACUUUUGUCAUUUCAUUUCUUGCCAAUAGGAUUAAUAUGCAAAUCUGAUGGUCUUCCAGAUGAUAUAUAGAAUUCAAUGCUUUUUUUAUUUUAUAACCUUUAUUUUAGAUUAUUUUUUAAGAUGAACACAGUAAAAGUGAGUUUGGGCAACUUCUGGUAAAUGAACAGUGUUUAUUAACAUUGAAUUCAAGACUUGAGAUGAUUUGACUUUUUAAGAGAUUUUGAAAUUUAGUAACCAAACUGGUAUCUUUUGGGACCAAACAGUAAGGUUCAAGCAUCCAUCUUGUGCUCUUUAUCAGAAUAUUGGAUGAGUUGUAAAAGUAUUUAAAUAUCCCAGAUAAGAUGAUAGCAGGAAUAUUGAAAAAAUUAUUUUGCUAGGUGACAUGUCUGCUUGUAAUGUGAUUGUUUCUGAAGACUCCAUGUUGUAGUAAAAUUUGCCUCAAGUGCUUUAAAAGUUGUUUGCAGUUUUUAAGUAUUCUUUAACAUUCCAAUAAUGGAUCACUUUUCCUAAGUUGUACAUCCAAAAAAUAUUUUUCACAUUUGUUUUUAGUGUUGGAAACAAGAAUAGUACACGUAUAAUAUACAUAGAUAUUUAUCGCUAUAUCUGCAUUCCUAUACUUACAACUUAAAUGUUCAAAUCUACUGGAAAGUGAACUUAAAGAAAAAUUACCUUUUAAUAUUAGCAUACUCUUUUUACCUUAUGGCACAAGUAUACUGUUUAAAUGAUAUGGAUGUUCUUCCGUCCUUUGUGUUAUGCUGCAAGUUAGUUUUGUUAUGAUUUUUGAAGAAAGUUUGGAAACUGAUUGGGAUAUGUACCACGAGUUUCCUGUUGUGGCUUCUUCAACAGUAUUUGGUUACUUCAUUUGUUAUAUUAGAAAGAGAUGACCCUAACGUGUCAAAUGAUAUCAAUAUUACAGUUCUAAAACAGUUUAUACAAGUAUAUAUAUAUAUAUACUUAUGUAUUGAGAUUUUUAGUGUUUCAUUCUUAUCCAUGUACUGUUCUCAUAUAAAUUCAGGCACUUCUUUAAAACUAAGCAUGUAAGACAACAUUAAUAUGUAUAUUAUAUACUAUAAUAGUCUACUUGUAACAGCAUAGUUUGAUAUGUGGAAGUUACACAGGAAAAUUGUUUUCUCAAUUUGAUAUACAGAUGUAUUUUUUGUAAUUAUUUCUUCCCUAUUUUAUUGGUCACAAAGUAGUCUUUACAGUGACCUAUACUAGUAGUCCUAAUAAUGGUAAAGUACAAGUAUAGGAUAGUUUCUCCAUUUAAUGAGGAAAUCUGAUUUUUGUAGUGAUAUUUAAUAAACAGCAAUUUAUAGAUGAAAUUGUGGUUGGAAAAAUAAUCUGUACUCUGUAUGUUAAUAUUUUAUGAAUGCUGAAGUUUCUAGUAUUUUGUUUUUGUUACUUAAGUUGAAACUUUUUCCCUUCUUUCCCCUAUUGCUUAUUAGCUAUAAUUUAGUUUUAGAGUUGCCUUAGAUUGGCAUAAGUAAGACUAGGAGACUCUAAAUAGGAAAUUAAUAAGGUUGGUAUCAUUUAAUUUAAUUGUAGUUAACAAUACAGUACGCUUAGUCAAGAAUCUUUUCAAUUAUAACACUAUCAUGCUGUCUAUAUUAAGAAGGUUGUCCAUUGCCUUCCGAUCUUUACAAAUUAAACAUGUUCUUCCAUUCUAUUGUUCAGCUGUAUUAGUUAAACCAUGCACACUCAGAUGUGGCCUGGUUAUCCAUAUUUAGUAGUAGGAUAUAUCGAACAUCACACAGGAUGUCAUAAUAUAUUUUCGUACUAAAGACAAAGAUAAUUAAAUAUUUAAAUUAUUAAUAUUUUUAUAUUGUAAUAUGUCAUAUGCCAGAAGAAAUAAGAUAAAAUAACUCGCUGAAAACCAAAACCAACAGUUUGUACUUUUCUUCACACCAAAGCAAGCAUGACGCAUGUAAUUUAAAAGUUGAACUUUUAAGAUUUUGUAGGGAGAUUCAGUCCAAGUGGUUGUAACUUCAUAUGUUAAAAUUUUUUUCUGUAUUGUGCUCUGUCAUUCAAAUAUUUGGAGAAUUUAUUAAUAUUUGUAGAAUUAAUGAUAUUAGUUAAUACAUAAAUAUGUAGGUGUAAAACUUUUAAUAAUAAUCAAGGGAUAAUAAAAUGGUAACAAACACAAGUUUGUAUUGAAUAAAUUCAUUGUUUGAUAACAUUGCCUUUGUCAGUUAUAAAAGCUUUGGUAAGAUUUGUCUGUGAAACUGUAUCAUAUACUUGUUUUGAAAUUAUUGUAACCUAUUUUCUUUGGUUCAAAAUAGAAAUAUUCAACAGAUGUAAAGUUAUUCAAAUAAAAAUGCUCACAAAAGUCUAUUUUUGAAAAUAACUAAUUAGGCCCAUCGAGUUUAGAACUAACAAAAUUAUGCAUCCCUAUGCUCUUUUAAUUAAGUAAAUCAGCCGCAACCCAAAACAGUGUAAUGUGUUGAAAACAAAUGGAAGGUGGACAACUUUUUAAAACUGGGCCAUGUACGUAGUGCCCUACACGAUUUUCUGGAAAACCAAAAAUACAUUCUUUAUACUUUAAAAGUUUGGUUAUUGGGAGAACAGAAAUGAGCAACUAUCUGGAAAAUAUCGUUUUAUAUGCAGUAUGUGAUACUUGUCAAUUUUAGGCUUAGAAGUGAAUUUUGAUUGUUAUGGAUAUUUGUGUUUUGUAAACAAAUUUCAUUUAAUUAAUGCAAUAUCUUUGUAUGUUUAUGUUUAAAUAUAUUUUAAUAGUUGUCCAAAUAAUGAAGGAUGAUAUAAGAAACUGAAGCCAUGUUGUUGAGAACUAUAAUAAGGAUAACUGUAAUAACAGAUGUGUAUAACAUGCAGCUUUCAGAGGGAAUUACUUCUUUACAUAAUUUGAUGUGUUAGUAAACAUGUCUACAAAUAACAUUUUAUAUUAAAUCUUAAUACUUGGUCUUAGAGAAAUUUUUAAAUGACAUUAAAGUAGUUGAUCUCAUGCUUAAAUUUGAGAUGUUGAAGAAUCAAAUUACAGUAGUUUUGUUAGUAACAAUUUUUAUAUAGAAAAAGAAUUUUGUUUGCAGAAAAAGAUCAAAGUUCAUGUUAGUCAGAAUGAAAAUGUUUACUUGUUAAGGUGAUGUUAUUACUUUUUGCUGUUACCUUGUAUUUAGAAUUAUUUUCAGUAUUACAAAGUGGUGCAGUCUGUGCAAUAGAAAAAGUUUUGUUUGGUUUUAAUUAAGUUUGUGAAAAUUAAUUUUAUGUAGUAAUACUUCACAGUUUUUUAAAAAAGAAUGAGGAAAUGUAGGGAGUUUUGUUGUCUGCACUUUCUUCUACUAACUAAACCGAGUAACCUGGGGUAAAAAAACAACAAUCAGGCCUUGCCUUUAAGUCCUGUUUAUUUCAUAAGAAAAUGAUAAUGAAAUAAUUCACUAUUCCAAUUUAUAACCAGACAUUCCAGUUGUAAAGUUCCCUGUCAUGUUUUAACUGUUAACAGGCUGAUUAACAUAAAAAAUAAAGGCUCCAAACUCAAAGUCCAAAAAUUGUUUUAACUAUGAGGACAGACACAUUUCUUCACUUAGAGUGCCUAUAAGAAUUUUUGAGGUUUAUUACAGCAAUGAAAAAAUUGGAUUUCACAAGAAGAUAGACAGCAUGUUUAUUAAUAUAGUGAAGACUAGAUUUCACAAGACAGAUAGUAUAUUUCUCCCUGGGAUACACUGAAACAAUGUAGAUAAAAAUUGAUAGUGAAUUUAGCAUUAAAGUAGAUGGUUUGGGGGAAGAUGGGGGUGGAUAUCUUGUAAGAAGAUGAACAAUAUGUUAUCUUUGAAACCUAUAAAGAAUUGUUCCACAAAAGAAAGUGGACAACAAAUUUAUAUCUUUAGGGUAUUAUAAGAAAGUGCUGAUUUGUAAAUUUUAAUAUUGAACAAAAAUGCCAUGGAGUCAUUACUUGUGAAAACUAUUCAGUAUCACCAAGUUAAACAAUUACUUCAGUAAUAUUGUUGGGUCAUUUACUGUGGUAAGUAGUGUACUCAGUCUACACAAUGUAUUUUUGUAAUGAAAAAUACUGGAGUGAACACUGAACACUUAUAUAAUCUAUUUUUAUAAAAUAAAAGUAUAGGGAUACAUUUUUUGUUAUUUUAGGUAAAACUAGAGUACUGGGCUAAUCUUAUUGAUAGUUCAUGAAACCCAGGGAUCAACAUCACUAAAUACUGUAACAAGUUUUCUGAUAGUAAUACCUACUCAUUAUCAUCAUAAUACUGAGGUAAAUUUUCUCUCCAGUGGUGAACAUCGAUAGAAUCAGAGUAAACAUGUUACAUUAUGUACAUUGUAAUUGACAUAUCGUAUUUUGAAGAAAAUUUUAGUUUCUUAGAUUUUUUUUGUGUGUUCAAAGCACUUGUUCGUCACAAUUUUUGUAGUAAGAGCAGAUGUUAAGUGUGUUAAAAUGUCUGUAAUAUACCAGUUUUCUGGUUUAUUUUGAGACUUCAAUAUUUAAGGGCAAAGAUUUGUCAUUAUAUGUAAUAUAUAUAUAUAUAUAAUAAAUGUACUGCUCCCCACGUUCAUAUUAUUUCUGUACUUGUUAAUUACAAAAUGGUGUACAAGUGCCUUUGGUUGGUCAUUUUGUUUCUUUAUGUGUGAAUUCUCUUUCCAGUAAAUAAAGCCUAGUUAUGUGUAACUUUUCCUUAUCAUUAAAUAGCUCAUACAUAAUAACAUGUCUUUACAUUUGUAAAAUCAGUUUUAGGUGAACAAGUACAUUAUUAAAAGCAUACGAGAAAAAUGGGUCCCAUGCAGGAUUUUUUCUCCUUACAAAUAUUGAAAUAAGAAAAUUAUAAUGCAUAGCUCCCACUUUUAAUUUCCCAAAUAUUUUUAACGUUCCACUUGCUUAUACUAUAGUAGGUUAUGUAAAUCUUAGCUGUUCUUCACUGCAAGUAAUUGAAAACAUUUUAAA